AUUUAUAUAUAUACACGUAGUCGCGAAUUGAGCAGAGCCAGUUCAAGCUCACCCCAUUUUAUGGAAUGGAAAAUAACAAAAAGUAGCACAAAUUUUAGUUUAAACCUAACGAACCGUGUUAACAUGAAGUAUACAAACAAACAUUAUUUAGCUUAACAACGACCUUCACGAAGUUGGAAACGGCUUGGGUUACAUAUCCAUAAGUCUACAUAAAUAGCUUUAAAAACAUUCUUCCAUUUACCCUAAAUUUUCACGUUUGUCUGUGCCACUUCCACAGAUUCUUUUAUAUUUUGAAUUCUUUGAGUAAUUUUACUCUCCAGAAUCCAUAAUCUAAGUAACUUAAUAUCCCGUAAAAGCACCAAACAUAACAUAAAAAAACUGUUGUUUUACGAAAGGUACAAACACGAAUUCAUACUGACCAUCCAUUUUUUGAGAAACGCCUUUCUGAAAAGAAGAUCAUUACAUUUAUAGGCAUAACGUAAAUCUUAUUUAUUUCUGCAGAUUUAAAUACGCAAUUUUUUAGAAGCUACUUAUAAGAUAUUACCAUUAUUACUUAAUUAAUAAUUAUAAUUAAAAUUAUAAUAAUUAUAAUUAUAUUACUUACUCAUGAACUCGUUAUUAUUUGAUAAUAAUCGUUGACUUUAUAAAAAUUUAUAUGAUAAUUAUGCUUUGUUUAUAUUUAAAGAAUAUUUUGAAUUCCCGACUUAAAGCAUUUAUGCCGGGAACGAACAUGGUAUUUGCAGUGAAGUGGUACAUUGCCUUCUUUUUUGCUGCUUCAAUUUUUGUAAUGUCGUGUAGUGGCCAUGGCAGACUGGUCGAACCACCCAGUAGAGCAUCGGCUUGGCGUUUUGGAUUUCAAACACCACCAGACUAUAAUGACCAUGAACUAUACUGCGGAGGGCUUAGCCGGCAAUGGCAAAGAAACGGCGGUAAAUGUGGAGAAUGUGGAGACGCGUGGGAUGUUCCGGAACCACGACCCCACGAAUAUGGUGGCCACUGGGGAAAAGGCUUAAUUGUGCGCAGCUAUUUGCCUGGAUCUCAAAUGACGAUUCGUGUAGAAUUGACAGCUAGUCAUAUGGGAUAUUUUGAGUUUCGAAUAUGCCCAAAUCCAAAUGCUAAGCAGUCAUGCUUGGAUAAAAAUGUAUUGUCAAUUCUUAAUGGAUCUCCUUCUCAGCCAAAUAAAUCAGAUCUAGAUAACCGAUUUUAUCCUCGGAACGGAAGUUGCAUAUAUGAAAUUUUGGCACAGUUACCAGAUUUUACAUGUGAACACUGUGUUCUGCAAUGGCGUUAUGUUGCAGGCAAUAAUUGGGGUAUGUGUAGCAAUGGUAUAGGAGCUAUUGGAUGUGGUCCACAAGAAGAAUUUCGUUCGUGCUCUGAUAUUGCCUUAACUACAGAAUAUUUGCACCCAUAUCUAGGUCCUAUUAGCGCACCACCUACACAAUCUAAUGGAAUGCCUGCGAACACGACACAUAAUUCUGUUAAUACACAAAGUGACAAAUUAAAGUAUAUUUUCAUCAUUUUACUGCUGUUAAUACUAAUAUUAGUUUGCCUUGUUGUUAUACGUUUGAAGUUCCACAAUCACAACAGCUUUUGUAUUCAACAAUUUGUUAAUAAUCUUAAAAAAUAUUUAUUUUGGAAUUCAUUUCAACACAAUAAUUUUAUAUGUGAUGUAUUUACCCUUGGCAAUGAUAAAUUAGGUAGCCGACCCAGUCCACUUCCACGAAAUAAGAGAUUAAAUAAUGAAGUAAAAAAUUUAGUAAUAGAAACAAGCACAGUAUAACUACCUGUAAGUUGUAAUUAUUUUUGCACGUUUUUAAACACAUUAAUAAAAUAGUUUACAAUUAGUUUAUGUUAAGAAUGGUUAUAUAUAUCAUGUGAUUAAGUAAAUAUUUAUUACAAAUUGUUAUUUUAUGUUAAGCUGUGCACUAUAAAAAACCAAAUUCAACGUGUCCUCAUAAUUUUUGUAUUUUACGCACUCAAAGGAUCGAUCUACGGUUUUAUACGACGGGUAAGUUAAUUGUUUUAAAUAUCAUACUAGAACAAAAAGCCUUUUAAUUAAAAGAAUCAAUGGGGCCGAAUGAACCCUUUCUUGGGGUGAAGUCAAGUGGGUAGAAGAGUACCACCACAUACUUUCCCAAAUACUGGGACAGCGACAGCUUCACAAUAUCCUUAUUAACUACGGUGGGGACUGCCCUGGUGUACUGCAGCUGAUGGUCGGCUUGGCAGCUCCAACAAGUGCCGCGGACAGCAGUAGGAUAGAUAAGUACUUGGCCAUGACUGGGACGAAAUUUGAACAGUAACGGACGACACAUCGUGCGGCCCACCAUAGCAUCCUUGGUCUUAUUGGAUUUGGGUUGUCGGCGAAGAUCCGAAUGCACAAGCUUUCUGAGUUUACCACUGCUAGUUGCUUUACUUUGUCUUACAAAUAAAUGACCUGCCUUCAGGGUCAGCAAAUCUGUCGAAUUCUCAGUAAUAAGCAGAUCGCUCUGGAGUUGAUGCACGUAAGCACAUAGAACACAUAAAACAUAACAUUCUACGCCUGCUAUAUGGCCCAAAUAGUGAAGGCGCUCUCUUGGAAACAAAACUACUAAAACUAAAAAACCUUUUCUAAGAGCUUGUUGAGCUAAUAAGAUUUUUAAUAGCUGGCUUUAAAGAACCGCAAAAAAUGCCACGAAUUGAUAUUAGUCUUGUAAAUUUCAUUUUUAAAAAGUUGCUGGAUAUUUUUUCAUAAUUUUAUUAGUCUUGUAAGUUUCUAUCGGUUUGCCAAAAACUUUUUGCCAAGACUAGUCUAACGCAUUUAGCCGCCCAAAACCGCCACGUCCACACUUUUGAAAACUGUUUAGAUUUUCCAUCGUUUUAUUUUUCAUUCAUAUUCACGCCCCUCCUUUCACCUACAAAAC